AUGCAUGAGAAAGCUAUUGUAUGUGCAACUAAAAACAAAAUUAAUAUUGAAGAGUUUGUGACUGAGCUUAAUGAACGCUUUUCCGAAAAGAAUAAAGAAAUAUUUAGAGUGUUUAAAAUAUUUGAUCACUCAAGUCCUGACUUCUUUAAUACAAAGUGUUCCUAUCGUCAUUCAUUUAUAAACCACUACAAUUAUUUUGAAAUAAAUAUAUCCAAAAUGUUAACAGAACUUCUAUCCGCCAAAUCAUUGCUUCUAAGCAAUACAAAUAUUCAAUUAAACUUUGAUUCUAUUGUAUCCUCUUUGUCACAACUUCCUACAGCCUUUUCUGAAACUUUAAAAAUUAUUUCUAUACUAAAGAUUCUUCCAAUUACUACUGCUUCAAAUGAACGAUUCUUUUCAUCCCUUAAAAAUGUUAAAACUUUCUUACGUACUUCAAUGGGAGAUAACAGACUAAGUGAUCUUAUGGUUUUAAAUGUAGAGAAAGAAGAAGCUAAGUGCGUUGAUUUAUAUAAAGCUGUAUAUGCAUUUUCAGAUAUUAAGCAACGGAGAUACCCAYUUAAAUAA